AUGCCUGUUCUUAGCUCCUCUCGGUCCAACACAAACCACAACAUGCUCUCCAUGACCCUGAGCACAGUGGAAGGAGCUGCUCCGGGCUCCAUCAUUGGCUCGGUCCGCCCUCAUGACCACCAUGAAUCUAAUGUGUUGGAAGGUCAGGUGACCUACCUGGUUGUGGGGGGGACAGACCAAGAUGGCACUUUCAUGGUGGACCGAUUAAAGGGUGAUGUGUAUCUGGUGCGGGAGCUGGACUACGAGAAGGGUUCGAGGUACAUGCUGCACAUCGAGGUGUCUGACUUCUCCAAGGCAUUUCCCAGCAGCCACCUGGUGCAGCUGGACAUCAUCGUGCAGGACAGCAAUGACCAUUCCCCCCAGUUCACAGAGGACCCCGUUACCAUUGUGAUCCCAGAGAACUUAGACACAGGGGCUUCCAUAUAUACAUUCCAGGCUUUGGAUCAGGAUGGUAGUGGACCCAAUAGUGAGUUGCAUUACUCAAUUGAGCACCACUGGCCUGACACUCCAGACCUCUUGACCCUCGACCCCUCAAGCGGGGUCCUGACCCUGGGGCAGAAGGUAGAUCGUGAGUCAACACCCUCCCUCUACCUGGUGGUGCGUGCCACAGAUCAGGCAGUGGAUCCUUCUCAGAGGCGCUGGGGUUCAGUCACUGCUCGAGUGUUUGUGACGGACGAAAACGACAACGCUCCGAUCUUCAGCUCUCCGUCUGCGGUCAGCGUCAUGGAGGAUCAGCCUGUAGGGUUUGUGAUAUUGUACGUGAUGGCUCGAGACGAAGAUGAAGGAGAAAAUGGCCGAGUAUCAUACAGAAUCCAGACAGGGAACAACGCUGGCCGCUUCAGUCUGAACCCCAACACUGGUUCUCUCUCCAUCCUUAAAGCACUAGACCGAGAAGAGCAGGAGGUGUUUAAUCUGACCAUUAUAGCAGAGGAUCAUGGGAUGCCUCAGCUUUCCACAGCUCAGGUGCUGAGUGUGCAGGUGAUCGAUGUGAACGAUGAAGCUCCAAUAUUCCAGCGGGCAGAGUUUGAGGCCCAGGUGAUGGAAAACCAAGGACCAGGAACAACCGUGCUGAAAGUUACUGCCACUGACCGGGACCAAGGUUCUAAUGGCCAAGUGACGUAUGGAGGUGUGACAGAGGAAGGCUUCAUCAUCAACCCUAUGACAGGAGUCAUCACCACUACGAGGGAACUAGAUGCAGAGCUCCAGGAUCACUACACACUCACUGUUUAUGCCAGGGAUGGAGGUCUGCCUUCUAACUUUGCCAAGGCUGUAGUCCGUGUGGCGGUGCAGGAUGUAAACGACAACACUCCAGUCUUUGCACAGUCAUGGUACGGACUGGAGGUGCCAGAGAACCAGGCGCCCGUUGAGCUUUGCUUCCUCAAGGCCACAGACCCUGACUCAGGUCCUGGAGGAGAGCUGGGGUACAGGAUCACUGCUGGAGACCCUGAUGGAGAUUUCCACCUCGAAACAAGCACUGGAGCCCUGUCCACGUCACGCGGCCUAGACAGAGAAACCAAGACUGAAUAUAUUCUGGAGGUGAUGGCCACGGACCGAGGCAGCCCUGCUCUCAGCGCAACUGUCACAGUGGAAGUGAAAGUGAUGGAUGUCAAUGACAACAACCCUGUCUUCAGCAGAAGUAGCUAUUCUGUUGAAGUGUCAGAGGACGCUGCAGAGGGGUUCAAAGUUCUGGAGGUGUCAGCCACAGAUGCAGACGAUAACCUCAAUGGGAAGGUUUUGUACUUCCUUAGCCCAGAGGCGCACGGAGCAUUCAGUGUGGAUGAAAGCACCGGUGUUAUCACCACGGCAGCACCUCUGGACCGUGAAAAGAGGGCGUUAUACAGCUUCCAGGUGUUUGCAGUUGACCUUUCACCUGCUGAACCCAGAAACACCUCUGCUCAGGUAACAGUCACCAUCCUAGAUGUCAACGACAACACUCCCUUCUUCAUCCAGGAUCCGCUAGUCAUCGAGGUGUCCAGCAGGCGUUCCCAGCGAGUGCUUGCCACCAUGAAGGCCGAGGAUAAAGACUUUGGUGCCAACGGUUCUGUGUUUUACCGUUUCGCCAUGCCAGUCAAAGGCUUCAGCAUCAACUCCCUGACUGGGGAGAUCCAGGCCACUGAGCCACUGGGGGAUCUGACCCAGGCUCAAAGGACCCUGAUAGUGGAGGCCAUGGACCAGGGCAGUCCAGCUCAGUCUGCACAGGGAGUGGUGGUGAUUUACGUGAAGGAGGUGGAAUACAACGGAAUUCGCUUCUCUAGGAAUGCCAGAGACGUCAGCCUACAGGAAAACGCUGUGAAAGGCACAACUGUGGCUCAAACUCAGGCUCAACACCCAGAUGGCACACGUAAUGAUAUCAGCUACACCCUUUUCAGUGGAAACAGAAGGCAGGCUUUCAGCAUCACCUCUGCAACAGGUGAAAUCAUGGUGAAAAGUCCCAAUGGGCUGGACUUUGAAGAUACCCCCAGGCUCCGUCUAGUUGUGAAGGCCGAAACCUUUUCCUCCACGUCUUUCAUGGCUAUAAACCUGAUCCUGCAGGAUGUCAAUGACAACCUUCCUCGCUUUCAGCUGCAGAAUUAUGUGGCCUACAUGAGAGAAGCACAGGGAUAUGAAAUGCCCAUCAUACAGGUGAUGGCUGAGGAUGUAGAUCAGGGCCAAAAUGGUCAGGUGACCUACUCCAUCCAGUCAUCAGGCGUGAGCGGCCUGUUCAAGAUCGACCCGAUGACAGGAAGCAUCACCACAGCAGCCAUCAUGGAUCGUGAGAUCUUUACCCAGACCAAGCUUGUAGUUACAGCAACUGAUAGAGGAAUUCCAGGGUUGGCUGGUUCGGCCACAUUGACAGUGAUAAUUGUUGACCAGAAUGACAACAGUCCCACUAUCCCUCUGCCCAAGGAAGUCCGCAUUCUACCAGAUAUGUUGAUUGGCACAGAGAUCACUCUCGUGACGGGUAACGACGUCGACUCCAGUCCGGCCCUGUCCUACUCCUUACAGCUGGACCCGACAGCAUUAGGCAAGUUUGGGAUUCACCGCUACAGUGGAGGCGUGUCACUCACUGCCCCUCUGGACUUCGAGGAGAAGACAUGGUACACCCUGACUGUCAGAGCCACGGAUAGCCAGCACCAAACUGAGGCCAACAUAACAAUACUGGUGGAGGAUAUUAAUGACAAUGCACCUGCAUUCACCAACGAUCUUUAUCAGGUAACUCUUCCUGAGCACACACCACCAGGUAGUGUUGUUAUCACAGUAACAGCAACUGACAGGGACUCUGGAGAAAACGGCAAGAUCACAUACAGAGUGACGUCAUCAACCCAGGAGGGAUUCUACGUUGACCCUAAUAACGGAACACUGUUCAUCAAUCACAGAGCGGAGUUCGACCCUGAACGUCCGUCGGUCAGUAUUGUUAUUGAAGCUAGUGAUGGAGGCUCUCCUUCACUGUCCUCCCUCACCACUGUCCAGGUCCAAAUAUCUGACGUCAAUGACAAUGCUCCUGUGUUUCACCAAUCAGAGUACAGGGCUACAGUUUCCGAGGAUACCAUCCCAGGGUCCACAGUUCUGACUUUCGAAGCCUUUGACAGUGACCUUUCCCGAGAAAACUGCGGCUUUGAUUUUGCUAUAGCCAAUGGCAAUGAGGGAAAUGCAUUCCAGAUUGAAAGCAGCGUGCGGUUCCUGGAGGGGCGGGGCUUUCAGACCGUCGGGACUCUGCUGUUGGCCGAGGGACUCGACUUUGAAACCAAGCCCCUUUACAACCUCACUGUGGUGGUGUCGGACCGUGGUGUGCCCCAGAGGAGCUCUAGUGUUGCUGCGGUGAUAACCAUUGGUGAUGUGAAUGAUAACCCUCCCGUGUUUAGCCGAGCAGAAUAUACCGUGUCUCUGAGUGAGGGAGCUGCCGCUGGGACUGAGAUCAUACGACUGACUGCUACAGACCCGGACUCAACUCCCAAUGCUGAGGUCCAGUAUACUAUCAGUUCUGGAGAUGAAGUGAACUUAUUUACCAUUGACCAGUGGACUGGAGCCUUGCGACUUCAGCGAACACUCGAUCGUGAGCACCAACCCACACAUGUUGUCAUCAUCCAGGCCACAGAUGGACAGGGUCACUUUGCGCUCGCUCCAGUCAUUGUUGAGGUCAAAGAUGUGAAUGACAAUCAUCCGUUCUUCCCUGUGGAAGUCCUCACAGCCAGUAUCAAAGAAAACCGGCCAGCAAACUCAGCUGUGACUGUUCUUCAUGCCAUUGACCACGACACAGGUGUUUUUGGCCAACUGAAGUACCACAUUGUGGAGCGGUCUGCGGCGGGAAGAGACAGCUUCACUGUGGACCAGAACACCGGAGAAAUCAAAAGCAAAGUUCCCUUUGACUUUGAGAAGGUCAACUCCUUUAACUUUGUAGCAGUGGCAGUAGAUUCAGGAAACCACUCGGCCACUGUUACUGUACAAGUGUUUGUCACAGGUGAAGAUGAGUAUGACCCACUCUUCACAUCCUCUGAAUUCUCCUUUGAAGUCCCAGAAGGAGCUCAGAAAGGCCAAAGCAUUGGACAGAUCCAGGCAAAUGAUGAGGAUGAAGGGGUGGAUGGUAUUGUUCUCUAUUCUCUUCCCACCAGCUCUCAGUACUUUGGUGUAAACAAAACCACUGGGGUCCUCUUCUUAAAGUUGGACGGUUCAGGCAGCAGUGGUAGCAGCGGCUCAGGUCGGGGCAAACGGGAAACCAGGCUGAUGACCGUAGAUGUGAAAGCUCACAGUCCUCUAGAUGCAUCUCGCACCACUACAGCCCACGUCUCCAUCGACGUCUCAAACACCAACUUCGGCCUGACCCAAGAUGUCAACAUCCUGCUGAUCUGCAUCAUUGCUGUGUCCCUCGGUUUUAUCGUAUUGCUUGUGAUCAUGGCUGUGGUGAUCUUCCUUGUCAAGUCACGCAGAAAGAAAAAAGCCCAAGAUGCAGGAAACAGGACUGUUGCAUCAGGAACAGCUCUGCAGAAACUAGAUGAUUGCAACUCAAGGUCAGGAGGGGAGAGGAUUUACCACCAAGCCUUGCCGGGCUAUGCUGGAGAUCAGGGUGUGGCUGGAGGUGGACCCUACACUAGAGGGGGCUCCCUGGAUCCCUCUCACUCCAGUGGAAGAGGAUCAGCAGAGGCAGCGGAGGACGAUGAGAUCAGGAUGAUAAACGAGUAUCCCCGCGUUGCCUCCAUCACCUCGUCCAUGCAGGAGCACAUCUCUGCCAGAGGACCAGACUCUGGAAUUCAGCAGGACGCCGAUCAGCUCUCCGAUAUCUCCUGUGAGCCGGCAGCUUUGGAGGGCAGCACUUGGUUCAAAGGAAAGAAACUGGGAGGCAGUAUCAGUGGGACCCUGCUCUCUGGUCAACUACCGGUCUAUAGGGAUGAGGGAGGUGGGUACCUAGGAGCAGGACGUGGCCUCAAUAUUACACUCCCCAAGGAUUACGCCUUCCCAGAGGAUGGUAAACCUAGAGUGGAUGGUUCCCUCACGGCUAUUGUUGCCAGUGAUGAGGAGCUACGCGGUAGCUAUAACUGGGAUUACCUACUCAACUGGUGCCCUCAGUUCCAGCCUCUGGCUAAUGUCUUCACAGAGAUCGCCAGGCUGAAAGAUGAAACUGCACAUCAGACCCAGAAUCCUCGUCAACCUUUCCAGCCAAAGCACAAAAUGGAUCCCAAACCUAGAAUUGAUCCUCCGCCACUCAUCACAUCAGUGGCUCAUCCAGGGGCCAUGUCAGUUCCCCCCAAGGUCCCUGUGAUUGGACGGACAUUCCCCCACUUGGCCUCACUCCGCAGGUCCCCUAUCAGUCAUGAGGGAUCCAUUUCCUCAGCAGCGAUGUCCCCAAGCUUCUCCCCUUCGCUGUCCCCUCUGGCAGCUCGAUCUCCUGCUAUUUCUCCCUUUGGAGUCAACCAGGGGCCGUCAGCGUCCAUGAUCAGCACCAGGGAGCCCUCGCUGGACCAGAGUCCAGAUCGUGAGAUGAGAAUAUGAUCUAGAAACUAAACAAAUAUUUAAGUCAGACAAACUGAAUCCUUUUGGCUGUUCUUUUGAUGGAAUGAAAAAAAGCCAAUGGAGGGGGCAGUUGUACUCUCAUUCUCAGAAACAAAGUUUCAGCAUGAGAAAGGAGCUUAAAAAAAAUGAGGUGUGUUUCAAGUGUCUGACCAAAAUGAAUUUUGGACAAUAAACACAUCCACAAAAACAUACUUAACCUUCUCAUGGUAGAAUAUGUGCAUACUUUGAAGUAUUUCCAUUGAUCCGCAGUGUCACAGGAAUAUACAAAAUGGGAACAUGUGCCUGGGUUGACAGGACGGCCCACCCUCACAACAGUGACGCAGGUCUCCAUGAACUGAUCGGGGUUAAGGGCUAAACUGACCUCUUCAUGGGAAUGUGCUCUUACUAUGCCCUGCAGUCAGAGAUCCCUUAGUGUGUAGAUAGAUACAUGUGUAGUUUUCAUGUCCCUCGCUGGCUGGCCAGGGAGCUAAGGACCUUGCUCCUCUCUUUGUGUCUGUGGACAUUUUUACACUCCAGUAUUAAUCUCAUCUAGUGGCUGCGUUUAAAAUGGCCUCUGGACAAGUGUGUGUGAAUCCCAUGGACAUACAAACAAUGUGUGUUCACAAAAACACUGAUUCAUUGAACUGACAAUGCAUUAAACAGUGGAGCAGCACUGGUGAUUAUGGUUUUUCACACCAAUUCAGAUGACAGUUGUUUUCAUUUUACUUUUAUAUAUUUUUAUAUAAAAUUAUUAUUUCAGAUCCAGAAAUGCCAUUAUUCCACAUGGGAGGUUAUUGUUAUUGUGUAUUUGCAUAUGUGUAUAUUUGUAUGUAUGCAGGCUACUCUAUGUACUGUAUGUGUCUCCUAGGUUUUAGAGACUCUUGUGAUGGUUCUGAUGUGAGUGAGAGGGGGAUGUUGUGUUUUUAGCAUUAUUUAUAUAAAAACAGGACUUGCUGCCACAUUUUGACAGUAGGAAACCAAGCACAGCUCACACUAUGCUGUGUUGUUACCUUAAGAAUUUUUCUUUUUUUGUCAAAAUUGUAGAUCAUCCAAAAUCCAAAACAGAAACUGUAUGGAAACCUGUGAUUGAUCUUAAUGCCUGCUUCUCCAGUAGCUCAGCACUCUAUUGUGGUGUGCAGUUUUGCACGGCAGCACAUUCCCUUUGUUAUUCAAGGGCAACUCAACUUGCUGUUCACCUCUGUGUCUUUGACAGAAAAAGUGCUUCCUGAAAUGUACACCAGUCAUUAACUUAAAUGCAUUUUACUGUGAAGUUGUUCAUCUCAGCACAACGUAAAUAACAUGCAAUGCAUGGGCUGGGCUUUUCAUAGGAAAGUGGAAUAACUUGGAGAAACACGUGAUUACGGAGUAGCACGUGAUACAGACAAGUGGGAAGCAAAUCCCUGAACUCAUUAACCCUGAUGAAUGUACAAAGAUUAAGCAACCAGCGCAGUAUUUAUUUUCCAUGUUAACUCUCAGUUCUGUGCAUUUUUAUUGCUAUAUGAUUCACUCUUCUGUAUUGCCACCAACAUGAUGAGGUGUUUUCUGGUUCCAUGUGUUUAACUCAUCAUCUGCACCCUUUCUUCUGCUCUCAUUGUUCAGAUCGAGUUUUACAGAUCUGAUUGCCGAGCACGAGGCAACAGGCUUCAAAUGUGUAUUUCAUUAUCUCAUGCGUAUUUAUCCUAUUUAAUAUUUUUCGGGUAUUUGCAGAGAUUGGAAGACUUUUGUUUUCAAAAGACGGCUUCUACCUCUGUUCUGUGUUCAACAAAACGCUGCAAAACCCCUCAUUCAAAUUUGGCAUUGGUUUAAUCAAAAACUUCACAUCCAAAAAGCCUAACUCUAGCACAUCAUCUAUCCAACUCAUAAUCAUGCUGUAAGGACAUUUUCUGUCUUGGAGGACCUCCAUUUGGACUUCAGUUUGAGAAGACUGUCGGGGACUGAUCAGUGAAGCAAUGGCAAAAAAAAGAAAGCUGUACAUGUAUUUAAAGCAAAUAAUAAAUUCCUACUGAUCUCUUUUGACAAA